AUGUUCGCGCUCGGCCAAAAGUCAUUCCGUCCGUCUGAAGUCUCGGCCAAAGUCCAAACCACUCGGCCGAUCACACAUCACGACCCGGGAAACAUUGUCCCGCGGUCGGCCAAGCCAACGCCACGCCACGCCGCGCACGACCAUGCCGCGCGAGCCGGGAACAAGCCUCGCGGCCGCGCAACCCUUCUCGCGUACCACGGCCGAUGCAUCCGUCCGAGCCGGGAAGAACGUCCCACGUCCGGCCGAGAAAUCAUCGGCCAAAUCUCAUCCGCCGACCACGCCGGCCGACCCGAAUCCGUCCGGCCCGACCGUUCCGACUCGCCACGACCCGAUUGUCCGGCCGAUCGUCCCGACCGACCGUCCCAACGCCGCGGUCGACCCGAAGCCCGUUUUGAAGCCCAAAUUUAUAUUUUCAAGCCCGGCUUAACCCUAAGCCGCCUCAAAAGACCUAGCACUAUAUAUAUAGCUUUUUAG